ACGUCAACGGUGUGAAAGUCACGAAAGUGAACAUGAUGAAUAAAAUGGGAGACUUCAUGUACGCCCACUCUGAAGAACUGGAUGCUCAGGUCCUGGAGAUGCCGUACAAAGGGAACAAAUUUUCCAUGAUAAUUCUUCUACCGAACGACAGGGAAGGACUCUCGGGUCUGGAAAAAAACUUGACGGAUGUCAGUCUUAACUCGGCACUUGCGAAGCUAGUCCUCACUCCAAGAGUAGAAGUUGCCCUACCCAAAUUCAAGCUCAAGCGUAGCUCCAACAUGAGGAAAGUGCUCGGAGGUAUUGGGGUCAAAGAUGUCUUCGAUCAAAACAAGGCGAACUUAUCGGGAAUGUUCGAACCUGUCCCGGGAUUAAAUCCCUUCGUCACCGAUUUUGUUCAUAAGGCGUUCAUUGAAGUGAAGGAAAAGAGCACGGAGGCGGCAGCUGCCACGGCGGUGGAUAUAAGUGGCGGCAGCUCAUUGGCAACUCAAAAACCUUCUCCUCGUUUCAUCGUCGAUCACCCGUUCAUGUUUCUGAUUAAAGGAUACGACGAGAACAUUGUGCUGUUCCUGGGAGCUGUGCGAAAAUUAUUUGGUCAAGAGAUGGCAUCACCGGUGCUUGGCACGUGCCUCCUAAAGUUUUCCCUAAACGUCUACGCGAUGCUACAUUGCAUGAGAAAGCAUGAUAAUAUUGUUUUCUCGCCCUUAAGCGUGGGAAUGGCACUUUCGAUGACUACCAUUGCGGCUGAAGGCAACACAAAGGACGAACUAUCUUUAGCGCUUUACUUGGAAGAAUGCAGCUACAAAAUAGACGAGUACUUUGGCAAGUUUGUCACUGAGCUUUCAGGUCCUGACUUGAUAAUCCACGUGGUCAACCGUGCCUACAGCGCACGUGAGCUCAAGGUCCGCCGCGACUACCUGUCGCUUCUUCAAAGUUCUUUCCGGGCCACCGUCAAGUCUGUCGACUUCAGGAACAACGCCGAGGCAGUUCGCAAAGAAGUGAAUGCUUGGGUCAUGCAGGAAACGAAGUCCAAGAUCAAAGACUUGCUUGCUCGCGGUACGGUUACUCCUAGAACUUUGUUCAUUUGGUUGAGCGUCGUAUACUUCAAGGCAACAUGGGACUCUCCUUUCUUCUGGCACCACAAUCGGCGUGAAAAGUUCUACGUCAAUGGUGUGAAAGUGGUGAAAGUGACCAUGAUGCAUCAAGUGGGAAAGUUCAUGUACGGCCAUUCUGCAGAACUGGAUGCUGAGAUCCUGGAGAUGCCGUACAAAGGGAACAAAUUUUCCAUGGUUAUUCUUCUUCCGAACGACAGGGAAGGACUCUCGGGUCUGGAAAAAAACCUGACGGAUGUCAGUCUUAACUCAGCACUCACGAAGCUAGUUCUCACUCCAAGAGUAGAAGUUGCCCUACCCAAAUUCAAGCUCAAGCGUAGCUCCAACAUGACGAAAGUGCUCGAAGGUAUUGGGGUCAAAGAUGUCUUCAAUCAAAACAAGGCGAACUUAUCGGGAAUAUUCGAACCUGUUCCUGGAAUAAAUCCCUUCGUCACCGAUUGUGUUCAUAAGGCGUUCAUUGAAGUGAAGGAAAAGGGAACCGAGGCGGCUGCUGCCACGGGGAUUAGUUGCAGGUGGUGGUCUCGCGGCAGCUGAAAAACCUUCUGCUCACUUCAUCGUCGAUCACCCGUUUAUGUUUCUGAUUAAAGGCUACGACGACAACAUUGUGCUGUUCCUGGGAUCCGUGCGAAAGUUGUGAAUUCUUCGGUCAUUUGCGAGGGUGUCAUAAUUUUGUGCUUUGCCCACCAGCAACAUUUGUAUAAACGAAG